AUGGUGGUCCAGCAGCACAUAUUGAAUUGGUUAUAUAGCGUUUUAACGAGCGAAUACCAAGAUGUUAACCGCACAUACAACGAUGUAGCCCAAGCGCUAUCUCAAUACCCUUCACUAUCGCCUAGAACCGAUGUCCAUACUUUCGACAACGGCGUGUCUGCCCUCCUCUUACACUUAUCCGGCACCAUCCCCGUCACAUUUCGCGGUACCACCUACCGAUUUCCCAUAUCGUUAUGGAUACCGCACGCCUACCCGCGCGAGGCACCUCUAGGCUAUGUCACGCCUACAGAGAAUAUGAUGGUACGGCCUGGCCAACAUGUUGAUCCCCAGGGACGCAUAUAUCAUCCUUAUCUCGUAGGAUGGGCCGAGUUCUGGGAUAAAUCUUCUCUGUUAGACUUUAUCGCUAUACUCAGAGACAUAUUUGCGAAAGAGCCUCCAGUUGUCUCGCGCCAGCAAGCUCCUCCUGUACCGCAACAAUCCGUUCCAACCCCGACCCCUCCACCGGUUCCUCCUCUACCCCCUGAUAUGUCAAGGCAGACUCCUCAGCAGGUUCCAUCUCCACAUACACAGGAUCCAAGGCCGCCGCCACCUCCUCCCAAAGGCAGCGACCUUCCUCAGGUAGUGUCAGGCCCGACCACUUAUACGGACGGUCCCCCACGACCACCUCUACCAGAAGAUUUUCAUCGGCAGUCAAGCCAGUAUGGUGCACCAGCAGCAACGCAGUCUCCGCAACCAAAUCGACUCUCAAGAUACGACGCAGCACCUCCCCUACCACCCCAUCCACCACAAUCGUAUCAACAACCACCCCCUAAUGUCCAGUAUCAACCCCAGCCUCAGCAGCAUGUGUAUCAGCAAGGCGGCCCACCUCCUCUCGGACUUACACCACAGGAUUCCCGCCGCGCAUCCAUGAUAUCCCCCGUAACUCCCAUCCCAUACAACGCUACCGUCGUCCCAGGACAGUCACCAUACGCCGGCCCGCCUCCAACUUGGCAGCACCCCCCACCACGACAACCUCCAGCGCAACUAAUCCCCAAACCUCCCCCACCCCCUGAUCUCAUGGACGAGCCCUUCUCCCUAGCCUUACCAGAGCCCUCCGCCAAUGACCUCCCACCACCUCCCAUCCCCCCGAACCCCGAAAAGGACGCCCUCCUCCAACAACUCGCCUCAACCCUCUAUGGUCUACGCCAGCACGCCCGCGUCCAAAACGAGUCCUCCCUAGCCGGUCUCUCUGCCCAACGAACCGCCAUGCUCUCCGCGUUACAGAACCUACAAUCCGACGCCUCGGCCCUAGGCCCCUUAUCGGCAAUGCUAGCGUCCAACAACUCGAUCCUGCAACACUCCCUCCAUGAAGCAGAUCGUGUAGUAUCCAACGCACGCACACGCGCACCUCCUCCUAUCGACGAUUUAUUAGUCGCGCCGACCGUCGUCGCAAACCAGUUAUACGAUGUGGUAGCCGAGGAGCGCGCUCUCGGGGAUGCGAUAUUCGUGCUUGGACGCGCUGUUGAGCGCGGUCGUAUAAGUCCUGCGGUUUUCGCCCGGACGACGCGCGGAUUGGCGCGGGAGUGGUUUUUGAAGAAGGCACUUGCGAGGAAGAUUGGGAGGGGGAUGGGACUUGUUGGGUAA